UUUUGUGUAUGAGGACAAGAUGUCUUCUCCUAAAGUCUACAUUCUGCAGCCUUGGAUUACCAACCUGUUGGUGAACUACGAGCGGCUGAAUGACAGUGAUACUCUCCUGGCUGGGCAGGUCCUGCGGGUUUUGAGUGACUCAACUUCUCCAGGUGAACCUGGGGUCCUCCAAGAUGCCGUCCUACAGGUCUCAGAUGGGCCCUUCUACAUCCGCGUGGUCAUUACACCCGAAGCUCUGCAGGCAGAGGAAAACAUCCACAUGCAGGUCCAGCUUUCCAGCCUUAUUUGCAGAAUUAUCAUCUUGCAGAAGUACACAGUGUGUUUCCGAGAGGAGGCCAGAUUGGAGGACUGUGAGUUUUACCUGACGACCCAGCAGUUCAUCGUGCUGCCCAUGGAGAGGCAGAGGAUAGAGUCAUCCAACGGGAACAAGGAGCCCUCUGUGAUGCAGAAGAUAAAGGAGCUCUGGCUGAGGAGUCUUGCUCUGAAGAAUGCUCCCAGCUCAGAGCCAUCCAUCUCUCAGCUGAUUGAUGCUAUAGGACAGAACCAGCUGGAGGUUUUGAAGGAAAAUGCUGAGAAAUGCUUGGAUUUACAUAUGCAGAAGGAGGUGCCAGUGGUGGUGAAGGAUGAGGUUCCCAUCACCCAGUGGGAAGCACAGCGCAAGGAGGAGAAGGGUGAGGACGUCUUCACGGUCCCGGCCAACACCCUGGUGAUCCCUUCAAAGGAGGAGGCAGUUGGUUGUGAUGAUUCCAAGGCAGACACAAGCAAAGCAACUGCUGGGAACAGCGGUGAUGAUGGGACGGUGUCUGGUGACCUGAGUGUCGCAUUCCAAGCCAGCCCCACUGAAUCAACAGCCUUGUCGGAGAGCUCAGAGGACAACCCCUGGAACAAUCUUCCCCCAAUAUCUUUGACCUUGAACUCUUCAGAUGAGAAGAACUUCACACACGAUGUUUCACUGAACGCUGAGGAAGAUGUGGCUGCUGACAGCAACACCCCUGACUUGCUGGAACCGUGUAGCCAGGACUCUUCCGAGGCAUUCCCGCAGGGAGAGCUGGUGCAGACCUCCUCUCCCUCCCUGCUCUGCUCCUACAGCAACACCAGCCCGGUGGAGACCGGCACCCCCCAGGCAGCAUCAGCUGUGGAGACAGCCUGCGAUGCCUCCUCUGCUGCUCAGGGCCCACAGGUAUCGGGGGGCUCCCAGGCCGCCCCACCAUCUCUUUCGCCAGCUUUGUCCAUCUUGCCUGGCAGCCACUUACAAUCCCUGCCUGAAGGGACACCUCACAGGGAGCGGGCAGACUCCAGUGGCACAGCUUUUCCUCCGGAUACAUUGAAGUGUGGUCCAGCUUGUGCCAGGAGCCAGGGAGGAGAUGCUGCAGGUGCCAAAAGAAAGCUGCCAGUGGGAGAUGGCAAGGCCCUGCCAGCCCUUGAUGGGCCACAGCAUUCUGGAAGUGACCUACGGGGCAAGGGGAGAGAUGGGAGCAGGAAGCUGGAGCCUGUGAGCACACAGAGGGCGAAAAAGAGCAGAAAGGAGGGGAUGGAGCUGCAGCACAGAAAGGAGCUCUCCGAGGAGGAGGAGGAGGAGGAGGAGGAGGAAGAGCAAGCAUCCCCAGCGACUGGCCCCAGCUCCAGGCCAGAGCAGCACAGAGCUCUGCAGCCGUACGUGCACGAGAAGCCGGUCCAGUACAGAUACGAGGCACCAAGCCCUGAGCUCUGCAAGCAGAUAAGAUCUGUCAGGAUCUCGAAGGCGGUGCUGCAGUGGGCAUGCUGGAUGCUCACGGAGAGGGAGAUGGACUCCUGAGCUCAGACUGUCCUUUGUUUUUUCACUGGUUCAAGCAAAACAAUUUAGGGCUGCAGUUGGGGGAGGGAUGGGGGGGAUAGCAGGACCCCUGUGCCCGUGGGCCUGGCUUGCAGAGACUGUGGCUCCAGCGGUGUUGGAGCUGUCACCUCUUGUAGGCCAGCAGCCUCAGUGCUGAGAGGGGAAAAAAUAAUCUGUUCAGAGAUGCCUGUGUGUGAGCUGGCAUCUCUUUCCCUCCUCUCCCUCCUUUCCAAAUGCCCCAGCCCAGCAGCUGGGGACAAGAGGUGACCUGGUGCCACCAUAGCAGGGGUGACAGCAAUAGCAGAGGCCCCUCAACCUGAUCCCCACUCUGAAGGCAGGAGUUUGGACAUUUUAUUGAUUGGUUUAGGUAGGGUCCUGCAUUGUUCAUUACAAAAAAAAUAACCCGCAGGGUUAUGCUGUAGAAAUUAAAAAUU